AUGUCUGGCCACAAUGCAGCAUCCAAACCAACCAACAUUUUCAACAACUCAAGGAACCAGUGUAUUUCCACACUCAAAGUCCCUGACCUAGCUCUCUUAUCAGGGAGAGAAAUCCUCAUCCUGGAGAAUCCUGGAAUCUUAAUGCUUGAAUCUCUUGGUUUUCCAACAGAUGAACAGGAUAUAGAAAGCAGAUUCCACCUUGAGAGUGGGCUUGGUUCUGUUAAGCUGGAUACCACCCAAUGGGUUGAAGUGUGGAAGCACAGUGGGCAGCCCAAGAGGGCAGAGAGACAUGGAUCUAGAAUUCAUGUAUGCGAAGCUACACCACCCGCACUCCCAAUCCGACUUGGCGCCUUCCUUGAGAUUGAUUCAUAUGACGAUAGAGAUGUUGUGAUAGACUGGGAGGAGUUUCAUCGGAGGCUGAAGGAAGACUUGCUCGAGACAGCUAUUUCAAGAUAUCGCGAAAUGUUAAAGGAGUGCUAUGAAAGGGAGAAUGCCUGCAGGGUCAAAGAGAUACCCUCAAAACGGAAUUUCCGCUAUGGCUUUAAGAGAUGGCAGCAUGCCCCAACUGGACAUCCAGUCAAUCCACCCAUGACAUUAGAAGAAAACUUCCUGGUCUCCUCAAUUCAUUGCAUUCAAACAUCUGACUAUGGAGUAAACCAGUCCCAAAAAAAGAAAAAGGAUCCAAUGGCCGAUGACAACCCCCCCGCCCUCGUCGGCCGCUGCCACUGCGGCUCUGUGCAAUACCAAACCACCCACGCCCCCUACGGCCUGACCUACUGCUACUGCUCAACCUGCCGCGCCCUGCACGGCGCACCCUUUGCCGCAUUCACAAACGUCCGAGACACCCAUCUCCGAUGGACACGCAGGGACACGCUGGUGGAGAAACGGUUCUCUGCGCAUGCGACCCGGACGUUCUGCAGCGAGUGCUUUGCGCCGCUGACGAUGGUGUAUGAUCGGGAGCCUGGCGAGGUGGGGAUUGUGGCGGCGAGUGUGGAUGAGAAGGGAUCGCGGUGUCGCGUGCCGGAGGUGAAGAGGCAUAUCUUUGUGGGAGAGAAGGUGGGGUGGUGUGCGAUUGGGGAUCGGGGCGAGAGGUUUGAAGGCUUGCCGGGGGAUAUGAUCGGAUAUCUUGAGAAAUAA